CGACGAAUUUGUUUUUAUAUACGAUUAAAUCGCGCUGAUAACGGUACUUAUUAUCGUCAGUAGCGGGGCAACCAUACGCCGGCCGGCCGCUUAUUACUAUUUACAACUUACGAUCAUCGCGAAAAUGUUAAAAUUACUCAAAGGAAUUCGUCGAAUUGGCGUCCAAUAUCGGCAAUAUAGCAAUGCGACUAUAAUAGGAAGUGAGCCGAACAAAAAUGACCCCUAUUACCAAGAAAACAAAGCAAAAAUGGAUGAGCUCGUCGAGGAACUCUGUCAAAAAACAAACGCAGCCGUGAAAGGCGGGCCAGAUGAGGCGAUAAAAAGGCACACGGCGAGAGGAAAAUUGCUUGUACGGGACAGGAUUAACCGGUUAGUGGACGAAGGCAGUGAUGUUUUAGAACUAAGCACGUUGGCAGCCACCGACAUGUAUAAAGGUCAGGUUCCAUGCGCCGGAAUCGUCACCGCUAUCGGCAAAGUUCACGGUCGCGAUUGUAUGAUCGUCGCUAAUGACGCUACGGUAAAAGCGGGAACUUACUUUCCGAUCACUGUGAAGAAGCACUUACGGGCGCAAUCAAUCGCUCAGGAAUGUCGACUUCCGUGCAUUUAUCUUGUCGACUCGGGCGGCGCGCAUUUACCUGAUCAGGCUGACGUUUUCCCGGAUAGAGAGCACUUUGGUAGAAUAUUUUAUAACCAGGCCAAUAUGUCAGCGGAGGGCAUUCCACAAAUUUCCGUAGUUAUGGGAUCGUGCACAGCAGGCGGAGCUUACAUUCCUAGCAUGUCAGAUGAGAGCAUUAUUAUUAAGGAACAAGGAUGUAUUUUCUUAGCUGGACCACCACUAGUCAAAGCAGCCACCGGAGAGACUGUAUCAACGGAAGAUUUAGGCGGCGCUGAUUUACAUUGUAGGCAAUCUGGAGUAACAGAUCAUUAUGCAUUAGACGAUGAACAUUCUUUGCAUUUAGCCAGAAAUGUAGUAGCUAAUUUAAAUUGGAAUAAUGAUCAAAAAGCCAGAAUUUAUCCAACACAGGUCGAUGAACCCGUCCAUAAUAUUGACGAUUUGCACGGCAUUGUAGGCGCAAACAUACAAAGACCUUUUGAUAUCCGAGAAGUUAUUGCCCGCGUAGUUGAUGGAAGCCGUUUCCACGAAUUCAAACAGCUCUAUGGAGAUACCUUAGUUUGUGGAUUUGCGUCUAUUUAUGGGCAUCCCGUUGGUGUAAUAGGAAAUAAUGGUGUAUUGCAAUCGGAAGCAGCAUUGAAGGGUUCACAUUUCAUUCAACUUUGCGCGGCGCGUAAAAUACCUUUAUUGUUCUUGCAAAACAUAACCGGUUUUAUGGUGGGAAGAGAAGCCGAAGCGGGUGGUAUUGCUAAGAAUGGAGCGAAGAUGGUGACCGCUGUGAGCUGUUUCAAGGGGCCCAAAAUUACAGUGAUCGUUGGUGGAAGUUUCGGAGCUGGCAAUUAUGGAAUGUGCGGUCGCGCUUAUUCACCUAGUUUCUUGUAUAUGUGGCCAAAUGCAAGAAUUUCAGUGAUGGGUGGUCCCCAAGCUGCUACAGUCUUAUCCUUGGUAGCUAAAGAAAAAGCUCAACGGGAAGGAAAAGUUUGGACAGAAGAAAAUGAUAAACAAGUGCGUGCUCCGCUUGAAACACAAUUUGAAAAGGAGGGAAAGCCGUAUUACAGUACAGCUAGGUUAUGGGACGACGGUAUACUCGCUCCCAGAGAUACUAGAAAAGUAAUAGGACUCAGUUUAUCAGCAGCAUUGAACGCGCCAUUUAGAGAGAGUAAAUUCGGUGUUUUCAGAAUGUGAUUUGAAAUAAGAGAAACGUUGCGUUAAUAAAUGUGUUGUUAUCUUAUCAGA